UGCCUACUCUUGGAAAAAAUGUAGAUUUAAAUCUUUAUUUGUUGCCGGUUUAUAUUAUUAAUAAUUUUAACGCCGAAAAUUACCACAAUGUCUACUUUUCACGGUUUUCCUGAAUUGCCAGGACCAAAUGACACUGCAUUUUGUAAAAUAAACGAAGUUUAUUGUUGCGGUAAUGCACGUUACGGAAAUAUUACUACAUUCACUAACUCGACAAAAAGUCAUCCAGUAAUUAAUGUAUCAAGAGACGUACACCAUCACAGAACUACAGAUGAAAACAUUAGUAUGUACAUAGAAGUUGAAGAUAAUUUAUUGAAGAAAAUCACUAGUGUAUUAUAUAAACAGGGUAUCUUAGAGGCUUUAAGUGUAGCCGCUGACCCCAAUGUUAACAAAGACAAUCCUAUCAUUGCUCUUACUGCAUCUUAUGUUUUAAAAGUGGCAAAUAUAUUCACAGCAUUUCGUUACUUCUUGCAACCACACUUAAAGGAUAUAGGACCUAAAAUCGUGUCAAACUACUCUAGAGCCAGGAACUGGGGGAAUGCACCAGUAAAAUGUAUGGCAUGGCAUCCUCAUACAACAAAGAUUGCAGUCGCUACAUCUGAUGAUAAUGUGAGGAUAUACUGCUCUGAAGUUGCUUUUGUGUCAACACUGAAGUGCAAGGCUCAAGGACAUGUGUCGUCACUAUCUUGGAGGCCAUUCUCGGCGUCAGAAAUAGCUGUAGGUUGUGAGCAGGGCAUUCUAAUCUGGACUGUAGACCCCAAUUCAAUGUUUACAAAACCUUCUUCGAGUAAUGCCGUUCUAUUGAAAAGGUCUGGACAUAGCCCUGUGACUGAUGUGAGCUGGUCCCCCAAUGGGGACUUGCUUAUCAGCUGUUGUGGAGCUGACACAUCCAUGCUGAUAUGGGAUGUUGCUAUGGAAACAGCUGUACCAUUGCGCAGAGUUGCAGGUGGAGGGAUAGUGUUUGCUCGAUGGUCAUUUGAUGCCAGCAAAGUAUUUGCUGCUACGUCUUCCAUAAUAUUUAGGAUAUGGGAUACGAAAUGCUGGAAGCCAGAGAGAUGGUGUGCGCAGGGUUGCCGCGUGGUAACGGCCUGUUGGGGACCUAAAGAUCUGUUACUCUUCGCUGCUAAAGGAGAGCCAAUGGUGUAUGCGUUAACAAAUACUGGACUUAUGAGUGGUACACAGACCAGCAAAGCGGUGCCAGUUUUGGAUGUGACCAAAGUGGAAUUACCGUCUGGUGAUCUAGUUGGUGGGCCAAUAUUGGACAUGUGCUGGGACCCAACUGGAAAAUAUCUGGCACUCAUGUUUGAAGAAUCUCACUUGAUAGCAGUGUUCUGCACUACGCAUUUGAUGUUACAACUUAAAAUUACUCCAUGUUGUUUCGUGUGUGGUAUAGAGAAUGAAAUACCAACAACAAUGGCGUUCCAACAGAAUUUCAAUGACGGCGCAUGCCUCACUAUCGCAUGGACCAGCGGCCGAGUACAACACUUCCCAAUUGUAUAUGCAGACAAAUUCUGACACCAAAACAAGUAUGGACAAUCUAAUUUAAAUUAUCAUGUAUAAUGAGGAAUUUAAGGAAACGUCAUUUCAUAGACGAGUAAGUUAUUUGCGUUUAUAUUUUUGUAUAGUUAUAAAUCUAAGACUGGUUUUGUAAAAUUGUAAAAGUUAUAAGUAAAGUGAAUAAAAUACCACUAUCUAA